AUGAAUCCGGUUUUGGUAGCAUAUCUGAAAACAUUCGAUUCUUCUAUUCCGACUGGGAUCUUGUUACCUAGAGAAGAGAAGAAGACCAAAAAGUCGAAGAAAGCUGAUCCUGCUUCCUCUGAACAGAAAACGAAGGAUUCAAAAUCCUCUAAGUCUCCAAAGAAGAAAAUUAUUGUUGUUGAAGUGACGGUGGAUGAGACUCCGGUGAUUGAGCCAAUAGUCGAAGAAACUCAAGAAAAUGUGAUUAUUCCUUCGAAAACUAGGAUUUUUCGAAGAAUCAAGAUGAAGGCAUCCCACAAACGCAAGUCUCCAACUCAGGAAAUGCUUCGCAAACCUCAAAUCACUCAUAAAGGAGUGUUAAUCCGUGAUGUACCCGCAUCUGUCUCUCCGGUGUCAAAGAAAUGA